CAAGACGGACUGCCUUACCAAGACGGACUGCCUUACCAAGAGGGACUGCCUUAUCAAGACGGACUGCCUUACCAAGACGGACUGCCUUACCAAGACGGACUUCCCUACCAAGACGGACUGCCUUACCAAGACGAACUGCCUUACCAAGACGGACUGCCUUAUCAAGACGGACUGCCUUACCAAGACGGACUGCCUUACCAAGACGGACUGCCUUACCAAGACGGACUGCCUUAGCAAGACGGACUGCCUUACCAAGACGGACUGCCUUACCAAGAGGGACUGCCUUAUCAAGACGGACUGCCUUACCAAGACGCACUGCCUUACCAAGACGGACUGCCUUACCAAGACGGACUGCCCUACCAAGACGGACUGCCUUACCAAGACGGACUGCCUUUCCAAGACGGACUGCCUUACCAAGACGGACUGCCUUACCAAGACGAACUGCCUUCCCAAGACGGACUGCCUUACCAAGACGGACUGCCUUACCAAGACGGACUGCCUUACCAAGAUAGACUGUCUUACCAAGACGGACUGCCUUUCCAAGACGGACUGCCUUACCAAGACGGACUGCCUUACCAAGACGGACUGCCUUACCAAGACGGACUGCCUUACCAAGACGGACUGCCUUUCCAAGACGGACUGCCUUACCAAGACGGACUGCCUUUCCAAGACGGACUGCCUUACCAAGACGGACUGCCUUACCAAGACGGACUGCCUUACCAAGAGGGACUGCCUUAUCAAGAGGGACUGCCUUACCAAGACGGACUGCCUUACCAAGACGGACUGCCUUACCAAGACGGACUUCCCUACCAAGACGGACUGCCUUACCAAGACGACUGACUGUCUUUCCAAGACGGACUGGCUUUCCAAGACGGACUGCCUUUCCAAGACGGAUUGCCUUACCAAGACGGACUGCCUUUCCAAGACGGACUGCCUUACCAAGACGGACUGCCUUUCCAAGACGGACUGCCUUUCCAAGACGGACUGCCUUACCAAGACGGACUGCCUUUCCAAGACGGUCUGCCUUUCCAAGACGGACUGCCUUUCCAAGACGGACUUCCUUACCAAGACGAACUGCCUUCCCAAGACGGACUGCCUUACCAAGACGGACUGCCUUAUUAAGACGGACUGCCUUACCAAGACGGACUGCCAUUCCAAGACGGACUGCCUUACCAAGACGGACUGCCUUACCAAGACGGAAUGCCUUACCAAGACGGACUUCCUUACCAAGACGGACUGCCUUACCGAGACGGACUGCCUUACCAAGACGGACUGCCUUACCAAGACGGACUGCCUUUCGAAGACGAACUGCCUUACCAAGACGGACUGCCUUUCCAAGACGGACUGCCUUACCAAGACGGACUGCCUUUCCAAGACGGACUGCCUUUCCAAGACGGACUGCCUUACCAAGACGGACUGCCUUUCCAAGACGGACUGCCUUUCCAAGAUGGACUGCCUUUCCAAGACGGACUGCCUUACCAAGACGGACUGCCUUUCCAAGACGGACUGCCUUACCAAGACGGACUGCCUUACCAAGACGGAAUGCCUUACCAAGACGGACUUCCUUACCAAGACGGACUGCCUUACCAAGACGGACUGCCUUACCAAGACGGACUGCCUUACCAAGACGGACUGCCUUUCCAAGUCGGACUGCCUUACCAAGACUGACUGCCUUAGCAAGACGGACUGCCUUAGCAAGACGGACUGCCUUACCAAGAGGGACUGCCUUACCAAGACGGACUGCCUUACCAAGACGGACUGCCUUACCAAGACGGACUUCCCUACCAAGACGGACUGCCUUACCAAGACGAACUGCCUUCCCAAGACGGACUGCCUUAUCAAGACGGACUGCCUUACCAAGACGGACUGCCUUACCAAGAGGGACUGCCUUAUCAAGACGGACUGCCUUACCAAGACGGACUGCCUUACCAAGACGGACUGCCUUACCAAGACGGACUGCCUUACCAAGACGGACUACCUUACCAAGACGGACUGCCUUACCAAGACGGACUGCCUUACCCAGACGGACUGCCUUACCAAGACGGACUGCCUUACCAAGACGGACUGCCUUACCAAGACGGACUGCCUUACCAAGACGGACUGCCUUACCAAGACGGACUGCCUUACCAAGACGGACUGCCUUACCAAGACGGACUGCCUUUCCAAGACGGACUGCCUUACCAAGACAGACUGCCUUACCAAGACGGACUGCCUUACCAAGAGGGACUGCCUUACCAAGACGGACUGCCUUAGCAAGACGGACUGCCUUACCAAGAGGGACUGCCUUAUCAAGACGGACUGCCUUACCAAGACGGACUGCCUUACCAAGACGGACUGCCUUACCAAGACGGACUUCCCUACCAAGACGGACUGCCUUACCAAGACGGACUGCCUUACCAAGAUGGACUGGCUUUCCAAGACGGACUGGCUUUCCAAGACGGACUGCCUUUCCAAGACGGAUUGCCUUACCAAGACGGACUGCCUUUCCAAGACGGACUUCCUUACCAAGACGGACUGCCUUUCCAAGACGGAUUGCCUUUCCAAGACGGACUGCCUUACCAAGACGGACUGCCUUUCCAAGACGGACUGCCUUACCAAGACGGACUGCCUUACCAAGACGGACUGCCUUACCAAGACGGACUGCCUUACCAAGACGGACUGCCUUACCAAGACGGACUGCCUUACCAAGACGGACUGCCUUACCAAGACGGACUGCCUUACCAAGACGGACUGCCUUACCAAGACGGACUGCCUUACCAAGACGGACUGCCUUACCAAGACGGACUGCCUUACCAAGACGGACUGCCUUACCAAGACGGACUGCCUUACCAAGACGGACUGCCUUACCAAGACGGACUGCCUUACCAAGACGGACUACCUUACCAAGACGGACUGCCUUACCAAGACGGACUGCCUUACCCAGACGGACUGCCUUACCAAGACGGACUGCCUUACCAAGACGGACUGCCUUACCAAGACGGACUGCCUUACCAAGACGGACUGCCUUACCAAGACGGACUGCCUUACCAAGACGGACUGCCUUACCAAGACGGACUGCCUUUCCAAGACGGACUGCCUUACCAAGACAGACUGCCUUACCAAGACGGACUGCCUUACCAAGAGGACUGCCUUACCAAGACGGACUGCCUUAGCAAGACGGACUGCCUUACCAAGAGGACUGCCUUAUCAAGACGGACUGCCUUACCAAGACGGACUGCCUUACCAAGACGGACUGCCUUACCAAGACGGACUUCCCUACCAAGACGGACUGCCUUACCAAGACGGACUGCCUUACCAAGAUGGACUGGCUUUCCAAGACGGACUGGCUUUCCAAGACGGACUGCCUUUCCAAGACGGAUUGCCUUACCAAGACGGACUGCCUUUCCAAGACGGACUUCCUUACCAAGACGGACUGCCUUUCCAAGACGGAUUGCCUUUCCAAGACGGACUGCCUUACCAAGACGGACUGCCUUUCCAAGACGGACUGCCUUACCAAGACGGACUGCCUUACCAAGACGAACUGCCUUACCAAGACGGACUGCCUUACCAAGACUGA